CCGGCUUUUCAGUUUGUAGCUUGUUUCUUCCGGCCAUCAAACCUCACGAAUCAGCACUACUCCUACUCCUCCCUCACGAUGCCUCAAGAUCGGAAUAACCUUGUCAAGGCUACCCGACAAUCUCCUCCAAUCGAUACAAGCGCGCCAUAUGAUGCUGGAUGGGUGGCAGGAAAAACAAUUGUAAUUACUGGAGGCGCAUCUGGUUUCGGCGAAGGAUUCUUCAGGAAAUGGGCGGAGAAUGGCGCAAAUGUCAUAAUCGGAGAUCUCAAUGCCGGGCGAGGACGAGCUCUGGUGGAAGAGAUCCGCAAGAACACUGGCAGUCAACACCACCAUUUCAUCCCUCUGGACGUGACGAACUGGCAGAACCAGGUGGACUUCUUCCGUGAAGCACUCAAGCUCAGCCCGCACGGUGGAAUUGAUGCUGUAGUUGCAAAUGCGGGAAUUACAGACGGCCUUCCCUCCUUCGAUGACCCUCCCGAGAGCCUUGCUACACUCGAAGAACCCCCAAAACCCAAUUUCCAAUGCUACGAGGUCAACUUGACGGGCGUCAUGUACACAGCACAUCUCGCUAUAUUCCAUCUUGGCCGAAACCCCAAUUCCAAGAAGGCAGAUCCCUCCACCACACCCGGCGCGAAUCAACGAGACCGGCAUCUGCUACUGAUCGGAUCCAUUGCUUCAGUCGCUGCCAUUCCAACCCAAAUACAAUACUGCGUAUCGAAGCAUGGCGUGCUUGGGAUGUUUAGAUCCCUGAGAGCGACAUCGUUUAUGCAUGGAGCUCGCGUGAACAUACUGUUGCCCUACUUCAUUGAUACUCCCAUCAUUCGUACGGAGGGGCGGCUGCUGCUGGCUGGAGGUGCAUCUGGCAAACCGGAAGAUGUGGUGGAUGCUGGUACAAGGCUCAUGGCCGACACAAGGAUCAAUGGGAGAGCUUUAGCAAUUGGACCAAAGGUCACAGUGGUUAAUGAUUACGAAUUGGUUGGCAAGGGAAGCGAGAAUGGGAAGGAAACUGCUAUCUGGGAGGCGUACGCCGAUGACUUUGAGGAAACGGAGGUGUUCACGCGUCGACUCGUAGGACUUUUGAAUCAAGUCGAACGCAUUCGGGGUUGGGCUGGCUGGUCUUAUGAUAUGGCACGAGCGUUCUUGUAUCCCAUUCAAAGUUGGCUGGGGAGAUAG